GUUCCGGGUUGGUUGCCCGGGUUUCCGGACCCGGCUGGUUUCUGGGGGCCGAGCGCUGCGGCCUUGGGGUGUCGUCCCGGCCUCGGCCCCGGCCCGGCCCGGCCCCGGCCCCCCCCAUGGAGUCCCAAUGCGAUUACUCGAUGUAUUUCCCGGCCGUGCCGCUGCCGCCGCGCGCGGAGCUAGCAGGGGACCCGGGCCGGUACCGGGCGCUGCCCCGGCGUAACCAUCUGUAUUUGGGGGAGACCGUCCGCUUCCUGCUGGUGCUGCGUUGUCGGGGCGGCGCGGCGCCCGGCGCCGGGGGCAGCACGGGCCUGGGCUCCCGGGGGACCUGGGCGGAGCUGGCGACCGCCCUGGCUGCCCUGGCCUCGGUCAGCGCCGGAGGCGUGCUGCCAGGAGGAGGGGGCACCGGAGACCGGGACCCCGAGCCCCUCGGGGGAGGGGACCCCGGGGGCGGGGGCCUGUUCCGAGGCUGCAGCCCCCUUCUCACCCACGGCCCGGGCCCUGCUACCUCAGGGGGAGCGACCACGCUGCCUGUGGAGGAGCCGAUUGUGUCCACAGAUGAGGUCAUCUUCCCACUUACGGUUUCACUGGAUAGACUGCCUCCAGGGACACCCAAGGCCAAGAUUGUAGUGACUGUAUGGAAGCGUGAGGUUGAGGCACCAGAGGUCAGAGACCAAGGCUACCUGCGCUUACUGCAGACACGAUCUCCUGGGGAGACCUUCCGGGGCGAGCAGAACACAUUCAAGGCCCAAGUGAGCACCCUACUGACACUGCUGCCCCCACCAGUUCUGAAAUGCCGGCAGUUCACUGUGGCUGGCAAACAUUUGACUGUGCUCAAGGUGCUGAACAGCUCCUCCCAGGAGGAGAUCUCCAUCUGGGAUAUCCGAAUCCUCCCCAACUUCAAUGCCAAUUAUCUACCUGUCAUGCCUGAUGGCUCUGUGCUGCUGGUGGACAAUGUCUGUCACCAGUCUGGAGAAGUCUCCAUGGGCUCCUUCUGCCGGCUCCCUAGUACCUCUGGCUGCUUCCCCUGUCCACUUAGUGCCCUGGAGGAACACAACUUCCUGUUUCAGCUGCGAGGGGGUGAACAGCCCCCUCCAGGGGCCAAGGAGGGCCUCGAAGUUCCUCUGAUUGCUGUGGUCCAGUGGUCCACCCCAAAGCUGCCCUUCACCCAGAGCAUCUAUACCCAUUAUCGCCUGCCCAGCGUUCGCCUCGACCGCCCCUGCUUUGUGAUGACCGCUUCUUGUGAGUCCCCUGUUCGGACCUAUGAGCGUUUCACUGUCACCUACACACUGCUCAACAACCUCCAAGACUUCCUUGCUGUGAGGCUUGUGUGGACCCCGGAACAUGCACAGGCUGGCAAGCAGCUGUGUGAGGAGGAGCGCCGGGCCAUGCAGGCAGCCCUGGACUCCAUCGUCUGCCACACGCCCCUCAACAACCUCGGCUUCUCCAGGAAGGGCAGUGCCCUCACCUUCAGUGUGGCCUUCCAGGCCCUGAGGACAGGGCUCUUUGAGCUGAGCCAACACAUGAAACUGAAGCUGCAAUUCACCGCCAGUGUGUCCCACCCUCCGCCUGAGGCCCGGCCUCUCUCCCGAAAGAGCAGCCCCAGCAGCCCUGCAGUGCGGGACUUGGUGGAGAGGCACCAGGCCAGCCUAGGCCGCUCUCAGUCCUUCUCCCACCAGCAGCCUUCCCGCAGCCACCUCAUGAGGUCAGGCAGUGUGAUGGAGCGCAGGGCCAUCACACCCCCUGUGGCCUCCCCUGUUGGCCGGCCCCUCUACCUGCCCCCGGACAAGGCUGUGCUAUCUCUGGACAAGAUUGCCAAGCGCGAGUGCAAGGUUCUGGUGGUGGAGCCCGUCAAGUAGUUUGACUUCCUGCACGCUCGCUCCAGAACCCCAAAGCCCCCGGAGGGCUCCUCACUUCCCAGGCCAUGCCUCCUGCCAUGGGGGAAAGCCUGUCUGUGUCUACUGAUGAGGGAUGGGGCAGAAGCUGUGAAGUAGCUGGGCCAGCGAGGCCAACAGUGUUCUCCUGAGGUCCUGUGGGGGGGCUGGCCCCACCCCAGGCAGGGCAGGGCUCCAAGAACUCCCUUGCCCCUGCCCUUCACCCCUCUUCUAAGUUUACAGAGUAUUUUCCUCAUUCCCAUUACAUUCUUCCCACCUCCGACAUUCCCCCACCCACUCACAGGGCUGAGAUUAGAGGGUGGUGAUGGCAAAGGGACCCCGAUAAUAACCUCCUGCCUCAGGGGUCGGGGACACAGUUAGGUAGCCUCCUUCUGCCCUCAUGUUUACGUUGGCAGCCUGAAGCACUUUAAGUUGUCCUUUUU